GUGAUGGUAAGGGCUUCUAUUCUUUGUGAUGAAGAGGCCGUACCGCCCCAGUCCAUCGGGGAAUCGGAUGAUCCAAAGACGGUCAGCCUCAGUCUGGGAAGGGAGUGCGUUGGCGGAGUGAUCCAUUUCAUCAGUGCGGAAAUUUACAUGCAAGGGCCAUUGUUCCCCCGUCGUCGUCUUAUAACCCGCAUCCAGGCGUGACAUGUCCGUCAAUGCCAGGGAACCUCGCAUCCUCGUGUCUGGUGCCGUUGGUAUCGGCAUGAAGGAAAAUAUCAACCUGCCUAUCUCCAAUUCUAUCCAGCUUGUUGAUGAUGAAGGUGUCUCAACCGACGCCAUAGGAUCCCAUAUCAAUGUUAUUAUUACCCAUGAAGAUAAUAAACGGAUCCUGGGAAAGAUUGACCGAACAAUUCUUCCUGUUCUCUGCUGGAUUUUUCUCUUGCAAGUACUCGACAAAUCGGUUCUUGGCUAUUCUGUGGUGUUUGGUCUCGCAAAUGACACCCACCUCCGUGGCGACCAGGUCUCUUCCCUUAGUUCCAUUGGCUAUAUUGCACAGCUCAUUGCGCAGCCGCUUGCCGUAUUUCUUGCAGUUAAAAUUCCCUGUCGUGUCCUUGUGCCAACCCUUGUAUUCUGCUGGGGCGCCACGCUUACUGGAAUGGCAACGGCGAAAAACUAUGCUGGCCUGAUGACAUCAAGAUUUCUAUUGGGACUCUUCGAGGCACCAUGCUUGUCACUUUUUACAAUUGUAGUGUCAAAUUGGUAUAGGAGGGCGGAACAACCUCUCAGGAUUGCAGCAUUUUAUUCGAUGACUGGGUUUUCGACAGUGCUCGGAAGCGCUCUGGUAUACGGUCUCGGGCACAUACAAAACAAGCUCCAUGCUUACCAGAUCAUCUUUCUAUCCUUUGGAGCUAUCACCGUUGCCAGCACCCCGAUGAUAUACUGGCGACUCGACAACACCGUCUCGGUCGCUCGUUUUCUUACUCCCGAGGAUCGACUCAGAGCUAUUGAGCGUCUCCGAGCGAACCAGUCCUCGUGGGUUUUGCACAAUAUAACCCCCGAGUUUAAGCUGUCCCAUGUGUGGGAAUGUGUGAUGGAACCAAAGACCUACCUAUUUGCCGGAAUGACACUGCUACUGAAUCUUGGUUCAAGUGUGCCGAAUGCAUUCGGACCGCUUAUCCUAGCUGAGCUUGGAUUAAGCCCACACACUAUUUCACUGGUCAAUAUCCCUUUUGGCAUUAUUCAAGCAUCGGUCAUCCUGUUUUUCUCUUGGGCCGCGUCCAGAUUCAAAUAUAAGGGAUUUAUGCUUGUCAUACUUCUGUUGCCUGUCGUGGCGGGGUGUGCAAUGCUCUAUGCGAUUGGACAAGGCCACUUGGCCCGAGGUCUUCAUGUAUUCUCAUAUUGCCUGCUCGCCUUUCUUCUUGGUGGUAACGCUCUCAUUCUGAGCUUGAUAGCGGGGAACACGGCUGGUCGGACAAAGAAGGCGACGGUGCUUUCCUUUUAUCAAGUCUCUUAUGCGUCGGGUAGCCUCAUUGGUCCGCUUCUCUUUAAGUCUGUGGACAGGCCCACCGUGCAUCUGUGCGUCAACUUUGCUUUCCUUAAUCUGUUGAAACAGCGCCUAUGCACCUCAAACGGGAAACUUGCCAAGAUCCUAGAUCCCAUGAUGACAACUCAACUUGGGAGUUCUGGCGAGGACCCAGUGAUUGCUUUAGAGAGCAACAGGAAUGGGGUGAUGCAACUGGGCAAGAAGGCCUUUCUAGAUUUGACAGAUGGUGAAAACGAUGAAUUCGUAUAUGUGCUUUGA